UUACACUUUGGAGUGAUGAAGAGAGAAAAGGUGAAAGAUACAUAGGAAAUACGUCUAACGUGCAUCUAGGUAUCAAUUGCGUACACGCAAUAUAAUAAAAAUUAGGAAAAUGAGCAAAAUUCACAUUUAUUGACCAAUAAAUCAUAAAUGCUCUAGUAAAUUCGUUUACUUAGUACUUUUUACUACGUCCCGUGUAACCUAUUUAAAGGGCGUUUCGCACUUAUUGCACUCGCUGCGCAGCAUCGAAAGAACCACUUCGUUGAUUGGCAAUCGCACACGGUUCCGUGACAUUUGCGAUUUUGAUGUCUGCCUGUACCGUUGUGUAGGUCAUAUGAUUCUGUCAAUCGGCAUUACGCGAAAUUGUCAGUGUACGCCAAUUGUCCGUUAGUAUCAGCAAUUAUCGGGCGCGUUUUAUACAUACGUAUGCGAGUGAGUGCAGGCGACCAGACAAUAACGCAGCGGUGAAAAACAACGCAGGUUCUACACGCUCCGAGAAAAUGUCACUCUUUGGAGUGGGCAACCCUUUUUCCACUCCAGUAGGACAAAAGAUCGAAUCCGCUACAGAUGGCAGUUUACCAAGUGAGAAUUGGACACUUAAUAUGGAAAUAUGUGAUAUCAUAAACGAAACCGAAGAUGGGCCAAAAGAUGCUAUUAAAGCGAUCAAGCGCAGACUCAAUCAAGCAGCGGGCAAAAAUUAUACCAUAGUCAUGUAUACACUUACCGUGUUGGAAACAUGUGUGAAAAAUUGUGGGAAACGCUUUCAUACUCUUGCCUGUUCAAGAGAAUUUGUGCAGGACUUAGUUAAACUAAUCGGUCCCAAAAAUGAACCACCAACUGCAGUUCAAGAAAAAGUCUUAAGUUUGAUUCAAACAUGGGCAGAUACAUUCCGUCAUCAGCCACAUACUCAAGGUGUGGUGCAGGUUUAUCAGGAAUUAAAGAUAAAAGGCAUACAGUUUCCAAUGACUGAUUUGGAUGCUAUGGCGCCAAUCAUCACACCUGAGAGAAGUGUACCUGAAACAGAGCAAAUUCCGACAAGCUUAGCUACAAAUGAGCAGUCUGCUUCAUUGGGAACGCAACAUUUACCACCCCAAGUAUCACAAUCUGCUGGACAGUUAACUCAGUUGAAUGAACAACAAAUGGCGAAAUUACAAAGCGAGCUUGAUGUUGUUCAAGGAAACAUGCGCGUAUUAUCAGAAAUGUUGGCGUACUUUACAAGUCCGGAUCAAAAUAGUAAACAGCAACCAGAUCCCGCAGAUCUUGAGCUGUUAAAUGAACUUCAUUCAACAUGUAAGGCAAUGCAGGAACGUGUUGUCGAUUUAAUCGGUAAAUUGGCUCACGACGAAAUGACAGCGGAAUUGUUGCGCAUUAACGAUGAAUUAAACAACCUGUUUCUUCGUUAUUCGCGUUACACGAAGAAUAAAAUGCAAGUACCUGCGAGUACUAUAUUAGCUCAAGCUAUUGGGCAUCCACCAAAUGUUGAGUCAACUCCAGCUCUUACUAAAGCAGAGGCAGAUUCACUUAUAGAUUUGUCCGACGAUGUAGGUGAUGUAACAAAACAGAUGAAAGAACUUGACGCAGCUGAAGGCGUGGAGAAAAAAAGAGUGGACCAAAAGGAGAAAAAAGAAGGAGAUAAUGAUGAAUUUGAUAUGUUUGCACAGUCGCGCAAUGCAACAUAUGAAAAAACAAAGAAUAGUGGCAGCAAGUACGAAGAUAAUUUGGAGCAGGUGAGAGGUGGAGGUCUAAGUACGGCAAUGCUCAACCGCAAUAAUCCUAAAUUAUCCCAGCCGACCGCUACUAGUGCUAGUCAGAACCUGGAAUCCGAAUUCAAUGAAAUGGCGGCUUGGUUAGAUCACACACCUGGAGGACAAGGUGAUCAGGAAUCUUUGACAUCGUCGGAAUUUGAACGCUUCUUGGCGGAACGUGCAGCCGCGGCCGAAGCUUUGCCGACUCUUUCCACAGCCGCAACUGCCACCUCGAAUUCUUCAGCUACCAGCAACCAAAACAUCCAACGCCAAAUUAACAAAGAUCAAGACAAGUCUUUAUUUGCUCUUUAAGUACCUUGAAGCUUUCUCUCUUUUCUCUUGCGAAACGGGAGGCUAAACUUAUUGAGACUGUCGUGCUAAAUUUAAAUGGCACGUAUCUCUUAUUUUUCCCUCUAAUCGCGCUCCUGUCAUCGACAAUUAAAAGUAUCAAUUUGUAUUUUUCACAUUAGGAGCUGAAAUAAGAUAGGACACACAAAAGGCGAGGGAAAAAGUACAUAAAAGUACAGGAAAAAAUGCUGUACGUGCUUUGUGCUUGUACGUACUUAAUAAUAUAACUGGUAUUGUGCAAUCGUAUUCGAGAUAUUGUUUCUGCAGUAAAAUUGUGGUCAUAAUGUCGAUAAGUUGCUUUCAAGUUGUUCUAUGAAACAUUACAACACUGACUAUUAUGUAACGAUAGCAUGUUAAUAAUUAAUUUAUGUUUGUACAUAAGCAACAAUGCGUCCAUGAAAAUAUCCAGAUCUUGCUAUAUUAUAAAUUUUGCCACAAGGUCGACAAAUCAAGUGUAAGAUCAUAUUUAGAUCAAAUUUUUGAAUCGAGGCAUGGAUAUUCGGAUGAAUGUCCGCUCGAGUAAUCGAGAUCUUAUCUAUAUAUUGACAAACUAUUUUUCUAUGUUGAAGUAAAUUUUGUCUCAGCUGUUUGACAUUCUAUACAGAGAUACAUUCUACAGAUUUAUUAUUAUUUUUACUAUUGUAUAAUUCCUACUAUUGUAGAGACUAUUUAUAACUUAUUAAUGUAUAAAUUAGAAGCAUGAAUUUAUUAUUACCGCUAUCAUCAUUAUUGCAGUUAUAUAAUAAUAUUAUAAAUAAUAUAUUCUGAAAUCGUGGUAAAUUCAGCAGCAACAUUGGUGAUUAGAGGUCUAUUUCUUCAUAUCCUAUGUUUAUAGUCCUGAAAAAGUGAUAUUUUAGCUUCCUCUUCAGAAUUUUAUCAUUUAUCUAUCUUUAGUAAUGUACUUCCUGUUUUAUUUGCUUAUAUUUCUACUGUAUUUAUGCAUACUUAGUACGAAUAGGCGGUUAAAAAAAAAGUACACCUGCGGUGCCUGUAUUGACUGAAUUCGCAGUUAAUAAGGAUAAUCUGUAUCUCGUCACUUACGCAGAAAAUAAAACUGUGCAUCAGAACUAAGAA